CGUUUCUCUCCCACGCCGGAUUAUGCUGUAGGGUAUCAACCAACUUGAGAAUUAUUAUUGAAAUAUUACUUUGGGGUCUUUUAUGGUGACAUGUCCCACGUGACAAAGCAUAUACGAUGAGGAUAUUAUGUCUUCAUGGCAUGGGCACAAGUGCGAAGAUUUUUGAGGCACAGACAGCGUCAUUUCGUUCCAUCCUUCCGCCGCAUUAUACAUGGGAUUUUGUCGAAGGCGAGCAUGAAUGCCCACCGGCAGACAAUGUCGACCAGAUCUUCGCUGCGCCUUACUUGUGCUACUACAAUCUGCCGUCGAUAGAUAACGUCAGAGAGGCACAUGAGAGUCUCAGGGAAAUUGUGCAUGAAGAGGGUCCUUUUGACGCUGUCAUGGGAUUUAGCCAGGGCGCAGCGCUAGCGGCAUCGUUUCUUCUACACCACCAGAUCGAGCAUCCGUAUAUUCCACCGCCCUUCCGCCUCGCCAUAUUCGUUUGUGCCAGUCUUCCAUUCUCUAUUUCACCGAACCACGGCCUUGACGUGACAGAUUAUUAUGCGGCCACUGGAGAUACGACUGCCGCGGACCUGGACUAUCUGAAGUCGUUCACCAAAUAUGAUGGGCUUCAGUCAGAUUUCACCGGAACCGCCGAGCUUGGCAAAGAUGAAACCGCUUUUGGGCCCCGAAUUUUCAGAUUCCACCCACACCUGGACGAAAUCCGUAUUGAAAUUCCUACUGUGCAUGUUUAUGGGCGACAGGAUCAUUAUUAUGCUCAGAGUAAAUAUCUUGUUGAAUUGUGCGAGUCAAUUGACGACCGCGUCUUCACCUACGAACAUCCUUUUGGGCACUUGGUUCCAAAAUCGAAAGAAGCGACCACCGGCAUAGCCAAAGUCGUAGAAGAUGGAUUUACGCGUGCCGACUUCUUCUCGUGACAGAUUCAGCUGAGGCGUGACCUGGCGUGUUUCAAUAGAGGUCGGAGAUUUUAGAUUGAUAGACUGACGAGCUCGAGAGCAUACUCCGUAGUUUUGUUGACGCUAGAGAUGGCCCAGGGGCCGAGGGCCUAAAUAAUUGAAGCUUAUACUUACCUUACCUAGAUGUCGCCAAACCUUAGUUGACAUGGACGCGGCGUUGCGACCGAUCCGAUCGGGCGAACGGCAACACGGGUUGUUUGCUCUGGCAGCUUCGGGCCGAGCAAACCCCGAUCUGAACAGCUGACGUCACGAAAUUCGUUCCUUCACAAUUUUAUUUUCCAAGUUCGAACGCAGGAUAGAAAGAGACGAAAACAUGGCCGA